AUGACCAAGCUCGGCCUCGAGGCCAAGGACCUAGAACCGACCCGGACGGUCUUCCGCGGCAUCGUUCCCGGCCUCUCCUGCUCCCCAAUCGGCGAGGUCCGGCUCGACGUCCUGUUCGGCGGCAGCAGCCACUUCCGACGCGAGCCGAUCUGGUUCGAGGUGGUGGACCUGUCCAGCGCGUACCAUGCACUGCUGGGCCGGCCCGCGGUCACCAAAUUCAUGGCGGUUCCCCACUACGCCUACUGGAAGUUGAAGCUGCCGGGUCCAAAGGGACUCAUCACCAUCACUGGCGACUACCGCAAGUCCACAGAGUGCGCCUGA